CACCAUCCUCAUCCUCAUCAACCAGUCCUCAGCCCAGGUGCCAUGCAGACCCCUGAGGCAGGUGCUGACUCCACCUCCACUGUUCCUCUGCAGACCACUGUGCCUGUCCAGCCUACUGGCUCCACCCAACCGGUGCCUGUCCAGCAACAGGUACGGCCUUUUAUUACUGUUCAACAGGUUCAGCACGUUUACCCAGCACAGGUGCAGUAUGUGGAGGAGAACAGUGGCGUCUACACUAACGGCACCAUCAGAAGGACCUACUCAUACUCGGAACCCCAGCUGUACAGCCAGAACAGUGGAGGGAGCUACUUCGACACACAGGGCAGCUCAUCGCAAGUGUCCACUGUAGUGACAUCUCAUGGCAUGACCAACAAUGGAGGAGGGGGCAAUGGAGGAAUGAGCAUGGGAAUGGCAGGGGGGCAAGUAAUCAGCAGCAGCUCUGGGGCCUACCUCAUGGAUAACUCUGCCCCCCACCCUGCUACUCAGACUGCACGAGCUUCUCCAGCCACUAUUGAAAUGGCGAUUGAGACGCUCCAAAAGUCUGAGGGCUUAUCCAGUCAGAGAAGCUCGUUACUCAACAGCCAUCUGCAAUGGCUGCUGGACAACUAUGAAACAGCAGAAGGUGUAAGUCUACCACGAUCUACACUCUACAAUCACUACCUUCGCCACUGCCAGGAGCAGAAACUUGACCCCGUCAAUGCAGCCUCCUUUGGCAAACUCAUUCGCUCCAUCUUCAUGGGACUCCGUACACGUCGCCUUGGCACUAGAGGGAACUCCAAAUAUCACUACUAUGGUAUUCGGGUAAAGCCUGACUCCCCUCUCAAUAGACUACAGGAGGAUAUGCAUUACAUGGCUCUCAGACAGCAACCUGUCCAGCAUAAACAGAGGUUCAAGCCAAUGCAGAAGGUUGAUGGUGGCUCUGGGGAGAACUACUCAGGGGGAGGGCAGCACCCUCCCAAUGCAGCAGAGCAGACAGUCAUUGCACAGAGCCAGCACCACCAACAGUUCCUGGAUGCAUCGAGAGCACUGCCUGAGUUUGUGGAGCUGAAUCUGGGAGAGAGCAAUGCAGACAAUAUCAGCCCAGAGGAUGUAAAAGCUCUCCAGUCCCUUUAUAGAGAGCACUGUGAGGCCAUCCUAGAUGUGGUUGUAAACCUCCAGUUUAGUCUAAUUGAGAAGCUGUGGCAGACAUUCUGGCGUUAUUCUCCCCCUGAACCUGUAGAGGGUGCGACAAUAACAGAAAAUAGUAGUGUAAGUGAGAUUGAAGACCGGCUGCCCCGUUCAGAGCUACUAGUGUUGUGCAGAAAUGAGACUGUACUCAAAUGGAUGAGCACCUGUGACCAUCUAAUGUACCAGGCUCUUGUGGAGAUCCUCAUCCCUGAUGUCCUCAGACCCAUUCCCAGUGCCUUGACCCAAGCCAUCCGCAACUUUGCCAAAAGCCUGGAAGGUUGGCUCAGCAAUGCCAUGAAUGCCAUUCCACAGAGAAUGAUCCAGACCAAGGUUGCUGCUGUUAGUGCCUUUGCCCAGACGCUGCGCAGAUACACAUCUCUGAACCACCUGGCUCAGGCUGCACGUGCUGUAUUGCAAAACACCACACAGAUUAACCAGAUGCUCAGUGAUCUCAACCGUGUUGACUUUGCCAAUGUGCAGGAGCAGGCAUCGUGGGUGUGUCAGUGUGAUGAGGGUGUGGUGCAACGCUUGGAGCUAGACUUCAAAGCCACACUGCAACAGCAAAGCUCUCUUGAGCAGUGGGCUGCUUGGCUGGACAAUGUGGUCACCCAGGUGCUCAAGCCCUAUGAGCAUCGACCAAGUUUCCCCAGGGCAGCUCGGCAAUUCCUGCUAAAAUGGUCCUUCUAUAGUUCUAUGGUGAUCAGAGACCUGACCCUUCGCAGUGCUGCCAGCUUUGGAUCCUUCCACCUGAUCCGUCUGCUGUAUGAUGAGUACAUGUUCUACAUGGUGGAGCACCGUGUGGCUCAGGCUACCGGAGAGACUCCUAUUGGAGUCAUGGGGGAGUUUGACAGCUUCAGCACUCUGUCUCUUGAUAACAUUGACAAAGAUGCAGCAAGUGAGAUGGACAGUGACCUGGAAGAUGACACAGAGGAGUCUGGAGAGCCUCUUGCCAAGAGGGAGAAGUCAGAGCAUGAGGUGAUUCAGGUUAUCCAGGUUGGGGCUCUGGAGGAUGGCUCCCACCCCGUAGUGGGGGUGGUUCAACCAGGCGUCCUUCACUCACUUCCCCAGCCCCUGCAGGACCACACUGAACACAUAUUGACACCAUCUGCUGGUACACCCACAAUCCGCCAUUGCAGCGCCACAGGCAACACCUAUGCCUCUGUCUGA